AUGCUCUCAAUACCAGUCGUUUUAUCAAUAUUGUUGUUAUUUUAUAACUCGAGCUUUGCAUUUCCUGUUGGAAGAACAAUUGGCAGAAAGAGAAAUUUCGAUCCAUUGAAACUUGAUUUUGCUUUAGUGGAAUCUCAGCGAAGAGUUGAUUUGAACAGUGGUUUCUACAGACAUUCUGUUGGCCCUUAUAGCGAGGUAAUUAUGAAAAUUGAAAACCAAUAUUCGGCCUACAUUGCCACCUUGGCCCUUGGUACCCCGGAGCAAGAGAUUAAAGUGGCCCUUGAUACGGGUUCAUCAGAUCUUUGGGUUCCAUCCCCAGGAACCACAACUGACUACACUACAUUUGAUUCCAAUGCCUCGAGAACAGCUACUAGCCUCAAUGAAACAUUUUCCAUUGUUUAUGGUGACAGAACAGGUGCCAGUGGUAAAUGGAUGUCUGACAAUUUACAAAUAGGUAAUGUCAACAUUCCAAAUAUGCAGUUUGGGUAUGGAACUAACCAGAAUGUGGGGCAAGGUAUAUUGGGAAUUGGACCAAAGGAUUCAGAAACUAGUACGUGGUUAGAUAAACCAUUCACUUAUGAUAAUUUUCCGUACAAGUUGGCAGCCCUAGGUUAUAUACCCAGAGCCUCAUACUCAUUAUAUUUGGACUCUUCGAAGUCAAAGACGGGAACAAUAUUAUUUGGAGCUGUGGAUACAGCUAAGUUUCUGGGUCAAUUACGAAUGCAAAAAAUUUUGAAAAUUCCUGUCGAUCCCUUCUCGCCAAAUGUGAAGUCGGGUUUUUAUAUUCAAUUGGAUAGUGUGGGUUCAGGCAAUUAUAGAUACAAUAGUGAUCCUGAUGAUCCGUCCCAGCCCAAUCCUGCUUUAUUGGAUUCCGGUACCAGUUUAAUUUAUGCUCCGCAAAGAGUUGUCACCGGGAUCGGUAGUUUAUAUGGAAAAUAUAAUAGAAUGGUUGGUGGUUAUGUCGCAAGUUGCAGCUCUGAAGGAGAGCCAAUUAAUUUCACUUUUGGGAAUAUGACUAUUAGCAUUGCUUACAAGGAGAUUUUGUAUCCGCUCUCGAAAGAUUCUCCAGUUUAUGGUAUGGAUGAAUGUUUGAUUGGGAUCAUUGGAAGCGGCAGCGAUAUUUUCACUCUUGGUGAUGUCUUUUUGAGGCUGGCAUAUGUUGUUUAUGAUCUAGAAGAAAGCAAAAUUGGUUUGGCUCAAGCAAGGUAUAGUAAUGAAUCUGAUAUUAAAUUCAUUGAUGAACUCCAUUGA